UUGCAAAAAAAAAAAAACAAUGAAAAUCGAAAAUUCUAUUCAUUUUGUUCACGUAGUAAAGUGUCCCAUUAAAACAGUGUGCGGUACCGUGGCACAACAGUAGUGGUCAGAGGAGCGGGGAAGGCAGUGCGUGUGUCGCGUGUGGACAUGGAAGAAAGUGACUCUCCCAGCUUCAAUGGCGGUGUCCGUGGCAACGUUCUUGCUUCCCAGCCUACUUGCGCUUAUAUAUGUGUGUGUGUGUUAUUGUUAUCAGAUAAUUGAAUUAAAUUCUUGCUCUUGCGGCUUGUUAACUGCAGGCUGGAUGGAUGCUGGCGAAGAGGCGUCUAGAAGUCGGACGAGAUUGAUAUGAUGCUGGCGCGGCACAACAUACGUAGAAAGAACGAACAACUACGAUAACUCCCGGCCAAUCCGGGAUGUGUGCGUGCAUGUGCGUGUGUGUAUGUGUACAGUUUCAUGUUGCAAAGACACUCUCCGAACCGCCCCGCAAAGAGUAGGCGCUGAUAAAACAUAAUUUCUCCUUGCAAUGCUGCUGCUGCUGCUGCUGCUGCCGAUGACGAUGCGAUGACGAUGACUGGUGUUGUCGUGGAUGCAUCGUGCUGAGCUGACAAGAGAAGCAAUACUUUACAUCAACGCUUACACGCCCUAAUCGCGGCCGUUGUAGUUCAUCACGAAGAGCGGGCGCAGAUACGUUGUGACGACAGCAGACGACGACGACGUGGUCGCUUCCGGUCGCGAGCAGCAAAGACGCGAGCGUGUGUGUGUGUACCGGGGGGGAGGGUAUUGUGCUUGCGGUGUAAUUGAGUUGGGUGUGGAACAAGCGUAACGAGUCGCCGGCUGGGUAUAAAGGGGGAAAGCAACCGCAUCCAAGAUGGCACCGGUACGUGGGGAUGGAAUGCGCGGACUGGCCGUGUUCAUAUCGGACAUCAGGAACUGCAAAAGCAAAGAGGCGGAAAUCAAGCGCAUCAACAAGGAGCUGGCCAACAUUCGGAGCAAAUUCAAAGGGGACAAAACGCUGGACGGCUACCAGAAGAAGAAGUAUGUGUGCAAGCUACUGUUCAUCUUUCUGCUCGGCCAUGACAUCGAUUUCGGCCACAUGGAGGCGGUCAAUCUGCUGUCCUCCAACAAAUACUCGGAGAAACAAAUCGGCUAUCUGUUCAUCUCGGUGCUGGUGAACACGAACAGCGAUCUGAUCAAGCUGAUCAUCCAAAGCAUCAAGAACGAUCUGCAGUCGCGCAAUCCGAUCCACGUCAAUCUGGCGCUGCAGUGCAUCGCCAACAUCGGCAGCCAGGAUAUGGCGGAAGCGUUCUCGAACGAAAUCCCGAAGCUGCUCGUGUCGGGCGACACGAUGGACGUGGUGAAGCAGUCGGCCGCGCUGUGCCUGCUGCGGCUGUUCCGCACCUGCCCGGACAUCAUCCCGGGCGGCGAGUGGACCAGCCGGAUCAUCCAUCUGCUGAACGAUCAGCAUAUGGGUGUGGUGACGGCGGCGACCAGCCUGAUCGAUGCGCUGGUCAAGAAAAACCCGGAAGAGUACAAGGGCUGCGUCAGCUUGGCCGUGUCGCGCCUGUCCCGCAUCGUGACCGCUUCGUACACGGAUCUGCAGGACUACACGUACUACUUUGUGCCGGCGCCGUGGCUGUCGGUGAAGCUGCUGCGCCUGCUGCAGAACUACAACCCGCCGACGGAGGAUCCGGGCGUGCGCGGUCGGCUGAACGAGUGUCUGGAGACGAUACUGAACAAGGCGCAGGAGCCGCCGAAGAGCAAGAAGGUGCAGCACUCGAACGCGAAGAAUGCGGUCCUGUUCGAGGCGAUCAAUCUGAUCAUACACAAUGACAGCGAGCCGAGCCUGCUGGUGCGGGCGUGCAAUCAGCUCGGCCAGUUCCUGAGCAACCGCGAGACGAACCUGCGCUACCUGGCGCUGGAGUCGAUGUGCCAUCUGGCGACGUCCGAGUUUUCGCACGAAGCGGUGAAAAAGCACCAGGAGGUGGUGAUCCUGUCGAUGAAGAUGGAGAAGGACGUGUCGGUGCGGCAGCAGGCGGUUGAUCUGCUGUACGCGAUGUGCGACCGGUCGAACGCGGAAGAGAUCGUGCAGGAGAUGCUGAAUUAUCUCGAGACGGCGGACUACUCGAUCCGGGAGGAGAUGGUGCUGAAGGUGGCGAUCCUGGCGGAGAAGUACGCGACGGACUACACGUGGUACGUGGACGUGAUACUGAACCUGAUCCGUAUUGCGGGCGAUUACGUGUCGGAGGAGGUGUGGUACCGCGUGAUCCAGAUCGUGAUCAACCGGGAGGAGGUGCAGGGCUAUGCGGCGAAGACGGUGUUUGAGGCGCUGCAGGCGCCGGCCUGCCACGAGAACAUGGUGAAGGUGGGCGGCUACAUUUUGGGCGAGUUUGGCAAUCUGAUUGCGGGCGAUUCGCGGUCCGCGCCGAUGGUGCAGUUCAAGCUGCUGCACUCGAAGUACCAUCUGUGCUCGUCGAUGACGCGCGCGCUGCUGCUGUCGACGUACAUUAAGUUUAUCAAUCUGUUCCCGGAGAUUCGCGGCACCAUCCAGGACGUGUUCCGGCAGCACAGCAAUCUGCGGUCGGCCGAUGCGGAGCUGCAGCAGCGCGCGAGCGAGUAUCUGCAGCUGAGCAUUGUCGCGUCGACGGACGUGCUGGCGACCGUGCUGGAGGAGAUGCCGUCGUUCCCGGAGCGCGAAAGCUCCAUACUGGCGGUGCUGAAGAAGAAGAAGCCGGGCCGGGUGCCGGAGAAUGCGGAGAUACGGGAGACGAAGAGCCCGGUGCCGAACAGUCACAACAAUGCUCACAGCAAUGCUCAAACUAAUCACACGUCAAGUGCGAACAACGCCAACGCUAGCUCGGAUCUGCUCGGGCUCAGUACACCACCGGCCAGCCAGUCUGGCACACUGAUCGACGUACUGGGCGACAUCUACAGCACAGCCAACGGCAACAGCAAUGUGGUUAAUAAUUCCAAAAAAUUCGUUUUCAAAAACAAUGGCGUCCUGUUCGAGAACGAUCUGCUGCAGAUCGGCGUGAAGAGCGAGUUCCGCCAAAACCUCGGCCGGCUCGGGCUGUACUACGGCAACAAGACGCAGACGGCGCUGCAAAACUUCGUGCCCACGCUCCAGUGGUCGGCCGAGGAUGCGCUCAAGCUGAACGUGCAGAUAAAGGCGGUCGAGCCAACGCUGGAGGCGGGCGCCCAGAUCCAGCAGCUGCUGACGGCGGAAUGUAUCGACCACUAUCUCGGCGCACCGUCGAUCGUGAUCUCGUUCCGGGUGAGCGGUGGGGCGCCGCAGAAAAUCACCGUCAAUCUUCCGCUCACGAUCAACAAGUUCUUCGAGCCGACCGAGAUGAACGCGGAAUCGUUCUUCGCCCGGUGGAGAAACCUGGGAGGUGAACAGCAACGAGCACAGCGCGUGUUUAAGGCCCAGCAGCCGCUCGAUCUGCCCGGCGCGCGCAACAAGCUGACCGGUUUCGGCAUGCAGCUGCUCGACAGCAUCGAUCCCAAUCCGGACAAUAUGGUGUGCGCCGGCAUCAUUCACACGCAGGCCCACAAGGUGGGCUGCCUGCUGCGCCUGGAACCAAACAAGCAGGCACAGAUGUUCCGUUUAACCAUUCGGUCCAGCUUAGAGGCGGUGACGCAAGAAAUCUGCGACCUGUUGGUGGAUCAGUUCUAAAUGAACAACUCCGCACCGGCACACGUUUGUUCCAAGUCUAGAGACGGAAGGAUAUAGAACUAUAGAUGCAUACAAUAAUCAAUCAACUAAUGAGAAAUGAUGUGUACAAGAGAGAGACUGCAGCAGAAAGGUAAUAAUGGUGUGGUUUGGUGGUGCCCAAGGCGCAAUGUUCUUUUUCCCUCCCUCCCCCAUCCCACACGGAAGGUGGAAAAAGCUGUUUAUGUUGUAUCGAUAUUUGUGUAUGCGUGUGGCUUUGUGGUAUGUGUAAAUGUAUACAUAUACGUAUGGUAUGGUCAGUAAAAAAGAGGUGGAAUAAUGCCAUAAGUACUAGUUGAAUGCGCCUACCCCGCGGAGGCGGCCGGAGGGUGCUAGUGAUGAUCAAUGACAAGAUGGAAUGUCCUUUUGGCGCAAGAGGCGAUUGAAACGAAUAAGUUAUAUUGUUCCAUUACAUGUUAAACAGCGGAAAACGGAUUUUUGUGUUGUGUGCGGUACAUAGCAAACGAAUAUGUACGAUCGAGCACACUCCCAUCACCCCAAAACUAGAAAGGAAUUACGGAAUAAUUCGUAAGCCAAAGUACUUCCGUUGUCGUUGUACCACGAAAUUCGUUGCCAGGCUUCCCACCACCAAGGCAAAAAGGGGGCGUUCAAACAGGAUAUCAUUCGAGACAGCAAGAUGCGCCCCCCCGGGGGGGUGGAGCAAACGGAAAACCCGAUAAAUUAAUAUAUUAAAUCAAGCUAAAUAAUUAUCUAUUGGAACGUAAACUUAGAGCGGCAUGUGUGCAAGCGAGAAGGAGCGAGGGAGAAGUAAUAAUGGAGUGUGCAGCAAAAGAGGAAAGUAGCGCUGGAACAAAUUACUUUACCCUGUGUGUACACAUUUCACCACAGGCCACAGACUUUUGAUGAUGGUACCGUUUGGUGCCGAAGUGACGCGCCAGUAGGAGACAUACAAGUAGUAAUCUCAUUCUCAACGUUUAAGGGGCGAAUAAAUGACAAAAACCGAAACGCAGUAGUUUCCUCGUAGAGUUUAGGGAAAAAAACAAACCUUUCCUUACACACGGUGACACAGAGGAGAAAGAAUUGACACGAAACGUAAGAGUGAAACGUGUGUGGAAACAUCGAAAUUGAAGCAAAACACCCAAUCAGGCGUAGGGAAGAGCAAGCUAAAGAUACAAACACACACCCCCUGUUCCCUAAGAGCUAACUCAAUGUAGAUAAAGCCCCGUUUGAAAAGGCGCCGACGCGCUUGUUGUUGCAUGUAAUGUUGGUGUAAAGUAAUUAACGUAAAGCAUCAUAAAAGCUCAGCAAAUGACAAAACUGUUUAGCCUGCAAAAAGGAAGGCAAAUGGUGUGUGUGUGUAUGUGGUAGUAAGCAUUAGUAUGCACGUCUGCUGCUUCUUCCAUGCGUAUUCUCCCAUAUCUCUUGCGAUCGUUGUGUCGUUGAAGAGAUCCGUUGGGCCGAGCGACAAGCGAAUUCCAAUAACUCUGCGGAAGGGCCACACCCCACGGUACUGUUGCAGCUGCACAAAAACACUGCUCUGAAUACUAAGAAGGACGAAAGGGGGAAGCGAUUUUUGCGAAUUUGUGUUUUUUGCUUAGUAUGUGUACAUUAGUUUCCUCGAGAGAAGCAGAGCUACUACGUAACGGACACCCACGAUCGAUUUAAGUUUUCGCUUGUGUUUUCGUUCGCUUGUCCACGAUAACCACGAUUCGGUGUUGAAGCAUUACACUUGGAGAGAUAGUGACCGUGCAAUAGUAGUAACGCCGCGCGCAAGUAACAGUAAUGAGGUUUUGCGAGCGAUCGUGCGAUUUGGAAUGAAGAUCGCUGAACCAUCUCCCGAAGAAGAAGAAGCACGCAAGCGAGCGAGUGUUAGCAGAAAGAGCAAAAAGAUAGAUUGAUGAAAUUAUGUUUUUAUUGUUGCAAAUAUACAUAUAAUGCACUAACUAAGCAAGUUGUACAUUGUAGAAAGUUGUAUUUAAACGAAAAAAAAAAAAAACAAUGCGAAACAAACCUAAGGCGCGUAGGCAGAGAUACAAUUUUGGGGGAGGAGUUUAUCGAUCGAUCUAAAACAUAAUAGUAGGAAGACAAAAUGGAACCAUAAAACAAACUUCAUUCUCAUUCGAUGCUUCGAUGCAGUUUCAUGCACUUCUUACAACAUAGAAAACAGCAAAAAAAAACAAUUUUGAUUUAUCACACAAAACACGCUAAGUGUAGCAUGAGAUGACCUGCGCACGCCAAACUUCAUUCAUAACUUUUUUCUUUUCCCCCCUCCUUCAUAGUAGAGUGAAGAUCGCUAGUCUACGAACAAGAUAUAAUAUAUAUUUAGCUUAAUAUGUAAUAGCAGGCAUAUAUACAUACAUAUACUGGCUGGGAGGACAUUCCAAACAAAUUGAGAGCGUAAAACAAGAAAAAUAUGGAACAAGGUACGCGCGUUACUCGGUGAAUAAAGAGAAAAUACACAUUAAAAUAAUGAAAAACCCAUAAGCAAUCGACCAUUAGGCGCAACACAAACAUUGCCGACAAAGCGUUGAAGAAAAAUCUGUGAGGAGCUUACUAUGAAUUACUCGAAAGGAAUAAUGGAAUGGGGGAAAAGGCGACCCACAUCUCCCGCAAUUGUUAUUUGAUUGUGAAGAGCCCUCGGUAAGUGGAGAAGGGAGGAUCACACGCUGCUCCCUCUCGUAUACCUCCAUUGAUGGUGUGUUCCGCGGCCCCGGGGCAAGACAGCCUGCGGAACAUGCAAAGAAAGGACCACUCAAGACCACCACAUAUACCAGGGGGAAGCGUAUUCGGCUUGUAUUCGAGGAAGCUUAAAGUGUAGAGAACCACACAGCUGCAUAAUAAGCUCUGCACCCCUUUAGGCAUUAACGAGUUAUAGAGAGAGAGAGA